CGUCGGAAGACCUCCCUCCAGCGUCCUCCAGCGUCCUCGGCAUCCGAUGGACGAGUGGCUGCAGAAGGCCCUGCACCUUCGAGGCUCCGCGCGGGACUUCCUCCGCGCCGCGCCGGGCCACGUGCAAUGCGACCGGGAGGUGGUGCUUGUUUUGGUGAAAAGAGAUGGCUUGGCAUUGGAGUGGGCCGCGGAAAGCCUGAAAGCAGAUCGUGAAGUGGUGUUAGCAGCAGUUCGCAAGGGUGCCUUUGCAUUGGAGUAUGCUGCGAGCAGCCUGAAAAGGGAUCGUUCUUUCAUCCUGGAGGCUGUUCAGUGCAAUGGCUAUGCACUGGCAUGCGCGCCUAAGUUCCAAGGGGAUCGACAAAUCGUUGAAACCGCUGUGCGUGAAGACGGCAGUGCCUUGGAAUAUGCGUCGGAGGAGUUGCGCCGCAACAAGGACCUGGCACUCAUCGCGGUGGAGAACGACUCGGCCUUGGAGCAUGUGGCAGAGCUCCUUUGGAGCGACCGGGCCUUCGCGGCGGCUGCUGUGGCCAAGAACGAAGCCGCGGUGGAACAUCUGCCCAGCCAGUUCCUCUCAGACCGAGCCUUCCUGUUGGACGGCGUGGCUGCCAAUCCCCACGUGUUGCUUCGCCUCGAGAACGCCAAUCCUUCGGUCAUGGGCCCGGAGUUGAUGGUGCAGGCCUUGCGCCGCAAUUGUGGGUGCUUCGGGCUUUGCUUCAAGGAGAAACCCAAGUGGUUCUCGAAGGACAUCUUGGUAGGGGCCCUGAGCGCGAAGCUGCUGCAAGAACUCCACAGCCAUGCUCCAGAACUUUUGGAUCGAGAUUUUCUGCGCUCAGCCGUGGAGGUGACACCAGAGGCAUUGUGGUAUGCAGACUCAACUUUGAAAAGUGACACUGAACUUGUGAAGGCCUUGUCGUGCAGAAGAGCUGAAAGCUUACAAUACGCUGAUGCGGAGCUUCGCAGCAACCAGAAGUUCCUGCUGGCCCUCAUCGAACAGAAUGGGGCAUGUUUGAAAUUCUGUUCGGAGGCGCUGCUUCAGAAUCAUGACUUCAACCUGAAAGCACUUCAACAGAAUAGUUUGGCUCGAGAUCACGUGGAUGCAAAACUUUGGGCUGACACGUCCUUUGUGUUGAAAGCUUUGGAAUGCUUAGAGAUCUCAACGAGGACUGCCUUAGAGAAAGUGGGUACCAAGCACCCUGAGCUCUUAGCUGAUUGGAACUUUGCGCUGCAGGCCGUUGAGAGGAGAGGAUCGGCCCUGGAGUUUCUGAGUGCAUUCUACCAAGAUGAUCGAGCUGUUGUCUCCGUGGCCAUGGAAGAUGACCCUCAAGCCCUGGCCUUUGCUUCACCCCUUUUGCGGGAGGAUCGGGUAUUGGUCCAGUCAGCCCUCAGAAAGGAUGGUUCUGUUUUGAGCCACGCUGGACCUGGCAUCCAAGACACUGUCACUCUGGUGUUGGAAGCGACCAAGACCACUCCCUCCGCCUUUCAGUUUGCGUCUGAACGGGUCCGUAAAGACCAGGAUGUGGUGUGGCAGGCAUUGAAGAUCUCGCCACAAGUUCUGGCAUUUUCCCCGCUGGCAGCUGAUGGCAACUUUGUCUUGAGUGCAGCUAUUCACUUCGAAGCUGCAGUCCAAUUUGCCGCUGAGGUGUUGCUCAGCGAUUUGGGCUUUUGCUUGUCCUGCGUGGCACAGAACUGCGCUGUGCUCAGCUUUUUGCCCAACGAACUUCGCGCCUCCGCAUCCUUCGUGGAGGCCGCGGUCAGAGCCAAUGGCGAAGCUCUCUACUUUGCGCCACAGCACUUCCAGUCGGAUCCAUCGCUGAUUCGGUUGAGCGACAGGAAUUCCGGCGCAACCUAUCCCUCCAUUUUGAGCCGCGACGCCGAGACACUACAGCAGCACGGGGUUCCACUCGAGCGACUGGGUGGACCAGUUCAGGCGGUUGCUGCUGGGAAUCGGGUUCUGAGUGCUUGGGAGCGUUUGGAACGACUGUCUCCCAAAGCUUUGCAGGAGGAAUGCUCCAUGCGAGGUUUACCUGAGGCGUCUUUGGAGUGGUACGGCGCCGAUUUCCUGAUGGUGCGCUUGAAGAAACUGGUCCUUCUGCAGGAGCUGCCGCUGCAGGAACUCAGGCGCUCUGUCGAUGUGACCGGAAGCAGCGCCAACGCCAACGCCAUGCAUUCGCUACGGGUCGGUUCCUCUGUGCGCGUGGUGGAAGACUUCUUCAGCAUCGGCAACGUGAAGUUGAAGCAAGGACUCGUGGGAAAGGUCAUGAUGAUUGAUCAGAUGGAUGCAAAGAUCGACUUCAGAGAACAAAACACCAGUGCUGGAACCUUUGCAGCUCAAUGGGUCUAUCAGAAGGACUUCGUCAAAUUGAAGGUCGAGGAAGAUGAGGAGGGGCACAGCAUUCUGCUCAACGAGCACAUGAUCGAUUUGUUCGCAGGCGUCUACGAACGGAAGGGCGUCCCGGUGAGAAGUUUGCAAAGUUUUCCAGCGGCCAGUACCGUUCUUGAACGAUGGGAAAGUCUGGCCGACAUGCAAGACAACCAGAUGUCCACAGAGUUUUUGAAGAUCUUUGGUAUCGGACCAGGCUCGACCGUGCGCCGGGAUGCUCAAGAAGCCGCGUUGCGGAGUGCUGAACUUUGGCGGGAAAUGCCCUUGCCGCAGCUCUUGAAGGAGUGCGAGGCGCGGCGCCUUGGAGUGCCGCACGUGGCGCUGUCGCACGGGCAGCUGGCAGAUGAGCUGCGGGAGCGAUUGCUGGGGAGUUUGUGCCAGGACCUCUACAAAGCAGAAGGCUUGGACUUACAAACCCUUGGUCUUCGAGCAGCGGCCGCUCUCCUCCAUGAAUGGCACAAUUUGGAGAAGUUGCCUGUGAAUCAGCUGAACGAGAGAUAUGCAUCGCUCAAAUUGCCACCUUCAACGAUCAGCGAGAAGGAGCAGCGGGAUCGUUUGAAGAAGGUCUCAUUUUGGAAGGCUUUGCCCUUCACCGCGCUGCGAGAGCAGUGCUGGAACAUGGGCAUGCGAUCCGCCUAUUUCAACUCUGCAGACUUCGGCAAUGACAAGUUGGUGAGGGAAGCAGUUUGGCAUCAGUGGGCCAAUGGGAGCAAAUCUCCUUGGAACGAUGACCCCCCCAAGCCUGACAAGGAGAAGAAACCCAAGGACUCCUCCCCGUCCUUUCGAGGACCCAAUCACCCCUUCGAGUAUUUCGCGCGACCGCUGGUGCCAGCACACAUUCGAAGUGGCUUGCAACGCUUGCUACUGCCAAACGAUGCCAGCGUAGAGGAUGUGAAGAAGGCAUAUCGAAAAUUGGCCUUGAAGUAUCACCCGGACAAGAACAACAAGGAUGAAGCCAUGGAGAAGAUCGCAACGCA